CCCCCCUCAUUUUUAGCUGCCUGCCUCUCUUCCUAACUAUCACUCAGCGCAAACGUGUAAAAAAGCAAUCCGCACCCAACAUAUUCUCUCUUUAUUUCUCACUCAGGUUACUACUUAUCAUGUCUUGGAAAAGAAACCCAUCCUCUGGUCUUUUUCAUUACAUGAAACUUUAACCAACAUGUGUGAAAAAAAACCACUUUUCCUAAGCUAUUUCAGUCAGAUGUUUUUGCUUCCCAGCUUUGCCUUCCCAAAGCUUUUCUUAGAAGGCUUGCAUGUUUAGUGCUGGUCUUGGUGUAAGGUCAUUAUUAGAUUUUCUAGCUAGGGCAUGUUUGAGAUCUUUAUAGUGAUAAAACCCAAGUUGCCUCAUCUCUCAAAGGAGCUCGAUUUAGGUUUUGUUAUAUAUGGAGGACUUAGACAGGCUUGAUGAUCGUACAGUCUCUUCUUCAAAUGAUAGUGCAAGGGUUAAUAAUAACUUAGCUGCAACUGUUACCACCACUGGUUUUCACAGUCCAGUCCAUCAUUUACUUCAAUUUGAUCAUCAAGCAGCUGAUACAGAUAUGCCUGAUGUGAUCAAGACCCAGAUCGCGAAUCACCCUCGUUAUCCAGACCUAGUAUCUGCUCAUAUAGAAUGCCGAAAGGUUGGAGCACCGCCUGAGCUGGCUUCUCUUCUUGAAGAAAUUGGCCGAGAGAACCACCACCCCAUAAGUGGUUGCAGUGAAAUAGGAGCUGAUCCAGAACUUGACGACUUCAUGGAAUCAUAUUGUGAUAUUCUCCAUAAGUACAAAGAAGAGUUAUCAAAGCCGUUUGAUGAAGCGACAACGUUCCUCAGCAACAUUGAAUCACAGCUAAGUAAUCUCUGUAAAGGAGCACUGACAAAAACUUUGGAUUAUGGCUCUGAUGAAGCUUGUGAGUCAAGUGGUUGGGAAGCGGAAGCUUAUGAAAGUGGGCAGGAGGACAUCAAAGGAAUGCUGAUGCGCAAAUACAGUGGCUACCUCUGCAAUUUGAGAAAAGAAUUCUUGAAGAAGAGCAAGAAGGGAAAGCUACCAAAAGAUGCUAGGAUGGUACUUCUACAUUGGUGGAACAAUCAUUAUAGAUGGCCAUAUCCUACGGAGGAGGAAAAGUUGAAGCUAUCAGAGAUAACAGGUCUAGACCAGAAGCAAAUCAACAAUUGGUUCAUCAACCAAAGGAAGCGCCAUUGGAAACCAUCAGAAGAUAUGAAAUUUGCUCUUAUGGAGGAUUUUGCUGGAAACAUUAAUGGAGGACCUACUUAAAAAAGACUACACUUGGAACUGGAAGUGAUGAUCAAGCAACUGGGUUUUUAAGGCAUCCCUUUUCCAUAUGUAAAUGUUCGUUUCAAUCUUUUACAUAUAUAGAAUAGUCUUGAUGCAUUGAAUGGGAUUGGUGUUUCUAAAUGAGUCGAGUAAAGUCCCUAUUGUGUGUUGGAUUUAUAAUUUCAGUGGAGGUAGCAUGCAAUUGAAGCUCCUGAAAUUAUUGUUGCAAUAAAGACAGACCCAGUGGGUUGCAUUGAAUGUGAAACUAAGUUUGCUUUAGGUUUGAUAUAA